AUGAAUAUUUUUUCUUGGAAUACAAGGGGUAUUGCGAACAGAGACACGGUUCGCACACUCAAAGAACUAAAGAGGCUGUAUAAGCCAGAUGUGAUUAUCCUUUUGGAGCCAAGAUGCAGUGGAACAAACGCAGAAGAGGUGAUUCAAUCAAUUGGAAGCCAAUUCUCAUGCGUGGAAGAAGCGGUGGGUUUCAGUGGUGGUGUGUGGGUGUUGUGGGAUGAUGCCUCUUUGAUGAUUUCUAUUAUUAAAAAACAAGCACAAUUCAUUCACAUGAGAGUCAAAAUAACGAACAAUCCUAGCUGGUACAUCACAGCGGUCUAUGCUUCCCCACAAGAGCGGCUUCGUAGACAACUCUGGGAGGAUAUUCGAGACAUUGCUACAGAAAGAAAAGGGGGAAGUAUCGGAAACAUGAAUGCUUGCAGGAAGUUCCAGAGAUGGAUGUGUGACUGUAAUCUGAUUGACUUAGGAUAUGUGGGUUCAAAAUUCACAUGGAAGGGGGCAGAGAGAGAAGGAAUGGAAAGGAUUUUGAAAAGGCUUGACAGGGCGGUUGCAAACAAAGAAUGGAAAAUGAUGUUCCCGGAUGCUAGAGUUGAAACACUUCCGAGAUGUAGCUCAGAUCUUUACCCCCUGUUGAUAAAAACGAUACCAGCUAGAAUGGACAUAGGAGAAAAACCUUUUAGAUACGAAAUUAUGUGGGAGACUCAUUCAGAAUACAAGGAGGUAAUCAAUGACACUUGGAAACUAGGAGAAGGUUUGCCUCAAAAACUUAAUCUGCUCACCAAUGGUUUGAAGACAUGGAACAAAGAGGUGUUUAGGGAUGUGUUCAGAAGAAAGGAGAGAGCUCUUAGAAGACUGAAUGGGAUACAGAAAUCUCCAGAUUAUGGCAGCAAUCAAUUUCUAUACCGGCUGGAGAAAGAACUCACAGAGGAAUUAGAGGGAAUAUUGAAGCAGGAGGAACUCCUAUGGCUACAAAAAUCAAGACAACUAUGGAUUACAGAGGGUGAUCGUAAUACAAGAUUUUACCACACAAAAACUUUGAUAAGAAGAAGGAAGAACCGUAUAGUUAAAUUGCGAAAUAGUGAUGGAGAAUGGUGUGAAGAUAUAGAAUGUCUCAAAGGAUUAGCAAUAAAGCAUUUCGAUGACCUUUACACUGAAGAUCAACAACAAAGUUUUCAACUAAACACUGUACUCACAUACCCGCCUAUGGAGAGCGAACACUUGGCUAUUAUGGAAGCGAAGCUCAAGCAUGAUGAGAUAAAGGAAGCGCUGUUUGGAAUCGGUUCCCUCAAGGCCCCAGGUGAGGAUGGAUAUCCUACUCACUUCUUCAAAGAGAAUUGGAGCCUGGUGCAGGAAGCGUUUUGCUCAUAUAUCAGGUAUUUAUGGCUGAAUCCGGAAGCUAUUGCGGAGGAUUUCAUUCGGAGGAGUCUUGAAGAAUUCGGAAUUCCACACCACCUAAGGCGCAUUGUAAUGUCUUGUGUUGAAUCUGUUUCUUAUAAACUCUUGUGGAAUGGGUGCAAAUUGGAGAAAUUCCUUCCAACUCGAGGCAUAAGACAAGGAGAUCCAAUCUCUCCUUAUCUUUUUGUCAUUGCAAUGGAUAAACUAUCACAGCUCAUAGAGGAAAAGGUCAACGAAGGAAGAUGGAAACCAAUGACGGCUAGGAGGCAAGGACCAGCCAUUUCACACUUGCUUUUUGCAGAUGACCUUUUGCUCUUUGUGGAGGCUUCUACAAAUCAAACGAAUGUGGUAAAAGGGGUUCUUGAGGAGUUCAAGCUUGCCUCAGGUUUUCAGGUGAAUAUUUCAAAAACAUCUAUCUUCUUCUCCAAAAAUGUGACAGGACAGACUAAAGAAGAAAUAAAAAACCAAAGCGGUUUUAUAGAAGCAGACUGCUUGGGAAGAUACCUCGGAGCGAUGCUGACAAAUGCCCGAAAAGGUAAAGAGAAAUUUAAGAAUUUAAUUGAUAAAGUAGCAGGAAAGUUGAAGGGUUGGAAAAGUAGUUGUUUAUCUUUUGCGGGGCGGGUAACCUUAGCCAAAUCCGUUAUAAGCCCUUCUAUGAACUUUGAUAUGAUGCACAUGAAGAUUCCAAAAGGAAUAUGUUAUGAAAUUGAAAAAAUGCAAAGAAAAUUUGUUUGGAGAGGUGACAUGGAGAACAGAAAGUUUCAUGCUGUUAAUUGGAACACUCUUUGCCAACCAAAAUAUUUAGGAGGAUUGGGAUUCAAAAAGCUGGAGACUAUGAAUGUUGCUUUUUUGUUGAAAAUUUUGUGGAAAAUUCAUACUGAUAAAGAGGCAUUUUUAUGGGUGCAAACACUGGUGAACAAAUAUGGAAGGGAUAAAAUCCUUCUACAUGAUAUGAAGGUCUGUGUUACAGAUUCUCCGUUAUGGAAGGAGUUAACUAAACUCCAGGGGCUGUUCUACCAAAACAUUUCUCGCUCUAUAGGGGAUGGUAAGGAAGCAAAUAUGUGGAGAGACAGAUGGGUAAAGAAUGAACCUCCGCUUUUGCUUAAUAGCAAAAAACUUAUUGAUAACACAAACAUUAAUAUGACAGUUAGUGAGGCGGUCAUACAUGGGCAAUGGAAUUUUGAAUUCCUACAACAAUUUCUGCAUGAGAAAACUUUAUGCAAGAUCAGAGCUUUACCACCAGCUGAACCAGAACUUGGUAGUGAUGGGUUGAGAUGGAACCCUGCAAGUGACGGUAACUUUUCCAUCUCAAGUACAUAUCGAAUACUUGAAAAUCAUGGAGAGGAAACCGACCAAAUCUGGAGGAUUAUUUGGAAGUGGCGAGGACCCGAAAGGAUCAAAUGCUUUAUAUGGCUAGUCGUCCGUGAAAGAAUCAUGACUUCACACAGAAGAGCACGGAUUUUUGGGAUGAACUCAAGCUGCCAUAGAUGUACUGGUGUAGAGGAGAACACAAUUCAUAUGCUGCGAGACUGUCCAGUGGCAUCUAGAGUUUGGGUAAAACUAAUCCAUCAUGAGCAUAUACAUGACUUUUUUAGAGCUCCCUUUAAUGCUUGGAUCCGAUGGAAUCUUGCCAUGGAUCUUGGAACCACAAAACAAGGAAACUGGAAUACACAAUUUCUAGUAACUUGUUGGUGGUUAUGGAAGUGGAGGAAUCAAGAAAUAUUCAACCCCCCAUUCCAAAGACCAAUGCAACCUCUGCCUUUUAUCCUAAAACAGGUGAAACUAAUCCAGGAAGCUUUCAAGAAGGAGGGUCAGAGGAAAAACAAAAUUGAAACAAAUAUAUGUUGGGAAUGCCCACCGGAAGAUUGGAUGAAAGUCAAUACAGAUGGGGCUGCAAAGGGAAAUCCUGGAAUGGCUGGAUGCGGAGGUUUAAUUCGUAAUUAUCAAGGUAGAUGGAUUGCAGGUUUUGUUGCAAAUAUUGGUUAUUGCACAGCUUACUAUGCAGAGUUAUGGGGGGUCUACUAUGGACUCAAAACAGCAUGGGAAUUGGGAAUGAGAAAAAUCAUUCUAGAAGUGGAUUCCAAAGCGGUGGUGGACGUGAUAAAAGGAGCAACAAAUUUCAAUAAACACCCAGAAGCAAUAGUGAGGAAAAUAGUGAAAAUCCUCCAGAGGAAAUGGCAAACUAAACUGGUACAUAGUUACAGAGAAGGAAAUAGAGGAGCGGACUGCAUGGCAAAUGAAAGCUUAUUUACUGAACCAGGAUAUCAUUUUAUUGAUCAACCUAGUACCAAACUUAGGAGCAUCUUAGCUGAUAAUUGUAGAGGGGCUACCUUACCCCGAUUAAUUUCUGUUUUGUAA